AUGAUACAUGUUGCUGAGCACGGGUUCGACUGGUCGACGGGCGCAUGCCUCGUGGCUUUGGUAUGUGCUAAUGCUGCCAUAACGGACUCGCAUACAGAAAUUUUCACUAGUCCUGAGGUAACGCCUGAAAAGAAGGCCGAGAUAGAACUAUCGAUGCAGUUCUGGAGCGUGGCUGUGAAGCGUCUUGGCUAUGCAUCAGCUCAGAACACUGUGCGGGCUGUUCAAUGCCUAUGCCUCGCGGGAAUAUGGUACAUGCAUCGCCUAGAGCCCUUCGAAGCCUGGAAGCACUUCAAUCUGGCGGGUGCGGCCUGGCAUACCCUUGGCUCGACACACGGGGAACUCUCGAGUCACGACGAAUUCUCCAACGAGUUCAGCCUUAUGCAGGCUCUGGAGCGAAGUUGGUACUACUACCUCAGCGAAAUCGCUGCGCGACAUGUUAUCAAUCGCCUUGCGCAGAUGAACUCGGAAGCGCCUGAGGUUCCUAGUGAGAGGCAUGUGCGCCGCAUGAUUUCACAGGCCGAGAUGAUGCAGUCGCAGAUAUCAGACUGGCACUCAUCACUCCCGCCAAUGUUCCACUUCGACACUCCUCAAGGCUACACGGCGGAUGCUGUUGCCGACUCCAUGGUCUUUAUUCUGCGGCACAGGUACAUAUCCCUCUGCGAGUUAGUCUCGCGUCCUUUCGUACGACUCUGCGUGGACCAGUUGGCAGAUGAGAUGGAUGCUUCGCUACACGGCAUAAUCAGCUCGUACGCAUCGCAGUGUGUACGGCUCUGCAUCUUGAAACUCGAUCAGGUCGUGGGGCAUCGACACCAGGGGACUUGGUACGGUAUUCGAGUGGCAACAAGCGCUGCGCUGAUCUUGGCAGCUGUUGAUAAAGCGCAGCGCCUGGCAGAAGAGGAUGAAGCUUUUCGUCUUGUUCAGAGUGUGACGCUGCCUGAGACUUGGAGGGGCGCGGUCGCGCGGGGUGCAGCCUCGGUACAACAGUAUCUUGAUGAGCCGAAUGGGGGCCGAGACUUUUGGCACACGAACCCCCUCCCAGCGUUCAACGUUCCAUCGGUGCGUGUUAGCGACGGACCGAAUGGCGUACGAGGAACAAAAUUCGUCGACGGCGUACCAGCAGCCUGCUUGCCCUGCGGUACAGGUUUAGCAGCCACAUGGGACCAGGACCUCCUAUACAAAGCCGGCACACUCAUAGGUGACGAGUGUAUAGCAAAAGGCGCCCAUUGCUGGCUCGGUCCUACAGUGUGCAUACAGCGCUCUCCCCUCGGUGGCCGUGGCUUCGAGUCAAUGGCAGAGGACCCUUAUGCAACAGGCAAGCUAGCUGCUGCUUACAUCAAUGGCGUACAGUCCACAGGCGUUGUGUCAGUUAUCAAGCACUGGCUUGCGAACGAUCAGGAACAUGAGAGAGUUGGUGUCAACGUUGUUGCCAGUGAGCGUGCGUUGAGGGAGAUUCAUAUGCUUCCUUUCCAGAUUGCGCUCAGUGAUGCGGCACCUGGCGUUGUCAUGGCUUGUUAUAACAAAGUCAAUGGCAAACAUGUUUCAGAAAACCGGGAUUUCCUUGACUCAUUGCUCCGCGAGGAGUGGCAGUGGAAGGGCCUGAUCAUGAGCGAUUGGUUCGGAACCUAUUCCACUACCGAAGCCGUCAAUGCAGGACUAGAUCUCGAGAUGCCGGGACCAACGAGGCAACGCGGCCAGCUACUCGACCUUGCCGUGUCAACUCGAAAGGUAUCCCGAUCAACGAUAGACACUAGAGCCCGAAACGUCCUCGAGUUCGUCCAAAGAUGCACAAAGGUUCCUGUCGCGGAAGAGGAAGGAGGUCGCGAUUUCCCUGAAGACAGGCAGCUAAAUCGAAAGCUCGCCGGUGACAGCGUUGUCUUACUAAAGAACGAAGCUCACCAACUUCCCCUUAAACGAUGUUUCAAAAGCAUUGCUUUAAUCGGACCAAACAUGAAGACGACUUCGUUCUGUGGAGGCGGCUCUGCUCAUCUUCAGCCUUACUACACUGUUUCUCCCUACGAGGGGAUCGUAGCCCAACUACCGCCUGAUGUGGAGGCGCGGUACGAGGUCGGAGCGUCAGCGAAUGGGUGGAAUCCCCUUCUGCAGGGUGAUAUGAUCACCACACCGGAGGGUGCACCGGGUAUGCGAAUGCGUUUCUACCGUCAGGGUCCAAGUGUGUCCGACCGUGAGAUCAUCGACGAGAGCCAUCUGCCUGAUUCCUCUUGGCUACUAAUGGGCUACUCUCAUCCGAAACUAGAUAAGCUCUUCUACGCAACUGUAGAAGGCGAUGUCGUUGCUCAAGAGUCAGGACCUUUUGAGUUUGGGCUCGCAGUUUAUGGCUCUGCGCGACUUUAUAUUGACGGUCAGCUCUUGAUCGAUAAUAGUAUCGUCCAGCGCAGCGGGACAUUCUUCUUCGGAAAGGGGACCGUUGAGGAGAAGGCUGAGAUGCGUCUUGUUCAGGGCCAGAAAUACCGCAUCACCAUUGAGUACGCGAGUGCGCCAUCUUCCAGGCUCGUAAAGCCAGGCGUGGUCAACUUUGGUGGUGGUGCAGGGAGAGUUGGUCUAGCGAGUGCAAUUGACCCUGAAAUCGGGAUCCAGAAGGCUGUCUCCGCAGCACUACAGUCAGAUGUGACCAUUCUGUGCGUCGGAAUGACGAGGGAUCAAGAAUCCGAGGGCUUUGACAGGCCUCAUAUGGAUCUUCCUGGAUCGCUCCCUCGCCUUGCGUCGGCCGUUCUGGCAGCGGUUCCAGACGCCAUUGUUGUGACGCAGAGCGGUACUCCUUUCAACAUGCUCUGGUCUGAACAGGCCAAGACUCACGUACAUGCUUGGCUAGCUGGAAACGAGACUGGAAAUGGCAUUGCUGAUGUUUUGUUCGGCGAAACCUGCCCAAGUGGAAAACUCCCGCUUUCGUUCCCACGUCGCAUACAAGAUACGCCCACGUUUCUGAACUUUGGUAGUGAAAGAGGCCGUGUAAUCUAUGGUGAAGAUAUUUAUGUUGGGUAUCGGUACUACGAAAAGGUUGACCGAGAGGUCCUAUAUCCUUUUGGCCACGGUCUGUCUUAUACCACCUUUACCUACGACAAACUGCACGUCACAUCCUCACACGUGAGCUUCGAGAUCACCAACUCUGGUUCCGUGGCCGGUGCAGAGGUAUCUCAGCUUUACAUCGCUGCCGACGAGACUACAUCCUCAAUCCAAAGACCUAAGAAGGAGUUGAAGGGUUUCAAUAAAACAUAUCUGCAGCCUGCUGAGGUCAAGAGGGUAGAAAUUCCUCUUGAUAGAUUCACUACGUCAUUCUGGGAUGAGGAACUACACUGUUGGGUGAGCGAGAGGGGUGUGUAUAGAGUACUGGUAGGAUCGAGUAGUAGCAAGAUUUUGCUUACGGGGGAGUUGCAUGUGGAGGCAACCACUAGAUGGACUGGGCUUUGA